AGUUCUCAAUGAGUAACUAGAAAAUAUAUUUCUCUAAAAACAAAUUCCAAAAGUAUGCUUUUAUAAUCAAGUCCCAGACUAUGUCAUGUCCAACAGACCAGAAAUGUCACAGACGCUAUUGGAGCUAGAUGCAUCAAGAGAAAUUAGGCACUCAAAUGCCUUGUUAUGUGCCAAAGUCCAGCGUUUACGGAUCAGUGGUAUUCACAUAGCCUUCACUUAGCCUUUCAGCAUGGAGCUGGACACAGGUUUCUCAUGUCCCUGGCUCAGUGCUGAAAUUGUUGGACUUUUUUUGUAAAAUUGUAAAAUGGUGGCUCCUUUCAUGCCUGCCCUUUGUGGAGCGUAUGGACAGCUGGAAAAGGCUUGCCAGAGGGAGUCUCAGGCUGAGAGGAGAGGGAAUGCCUGUUUUAGGGAUGCUGAGGGAUCUUUUCGAUGAAGCGGACCUCGAGCAGGUCAGCAUUGCCAGGCCUCAGGACAGUUAUGCCCAUACCCAGCCUUAGAAGUGCGGGCUCUGUUCCUAGAAAUGCAGAGGGGAGCUGAGGUGCUCGUAAGGUGCAGGUGAGGUGCUCAUAAGGGGUUUUGUGAAAGACAUUGGGGACCCAGGGAUGGACAGAGUACACAUCACUUGCGGAGUAUAGGGAUGCUACCUUCUUAGUGCAUUGAAACCUUGGUGCAGAAGGGUCUCUUACUAUUACAUUUUAAUUAGGAUUGUGGAGGAACAAAGUUAAUGUGUUUACCCAACAUGCCAAGUGAAAAUAUUUUAAGACUAUCUUCUCUGUGUAACUAUCUUGACUGUUACCAGCUCCUUCAGCUAGAGUCCGCAUCAGCGCGAAUGCAAUUUCCAUGCAUUGUUUCAGUCUGGAAAUGAAACAAUUUUCAUUAAUGGAAACCUGGUUCUCAAGCAGAACAAUUAGACCCACUUCAGGUUGAAAAAAGAUAAAAGCAUGCUAAUUUGGAUGGAGGACUCUUCUUUCAAGGCAGCCAAUUGAGUCAUCAGCCUGCCACCCACCUGACCGUCAGACAGGUAAUUAGGAGAUAGUCCUCUUUUUGUGUGGAGUGUGUGCGUAAACCUGCACACGCUGGUGUCACUGCCCAUUGGGACUUUCAGAGGAAAGAGCUAGUCAGUGGCAAAAGAGUGAGGAGCAAACUGUCAGACUGUGCCUAACAAUCUGACUUGCUUUUAGAUUCAGCUGACGAUUUUUGUCUUAACAGCCACCUGAAGUUUCUGGCAGUCAAGUCGUCAUGGCUGACCUGGGCUGCAAAAAGCCCAGUGACUGCACUGUCUCCAGGCUACUCAGCGUAGUGGAGAGCGAACUCCGGGCUGGGAGAGACAAAGGCGACCCCACUGAGAAACAGCUCCAGGUUGUCUUAGAGGAUGCUACGCUCUGGCAGAGAUUCAGGGAAGUCACCAAUGAGAUGAUCGUGACCAAGAACGGCAGGCGGAUGUUCCCUGUUUUGAAGAUCAGUGUGUCAGGCUUGGACCCAAAUGCCAUGUAUUCCUUCCUGUUGGACUUUGCCCCGACUGAUGGCCACCGCUGGAAGUACGUCAAUGGAGAAUGGGUGCCAGCUGGGAAACCAGAGCCACCAAACCACAGCUGUGUCUACAUCCACCCAGAUUCUCCCAACUUUGGGGCCCACUGGAUGAAAGCUGCCAUUUCCUUCAGCAAAGUCAAACUUACCAACAAGCUCAAUGGGAGUGGGCAGAUAAUGUUGAACUCUCUGCACAAAUACGAGCCUCAGGUACACAUAGUUCGUGUAGGAGGCCCCCACCGGAUGGUGAUGAACUGUUCCUUCCCUGAGACUCAGUUCAUAGCUGUGACUGCCUAUCAAAACGAAGAGAUAACUGCUCUCAAAAUCAAGUAUAAUCCCUUUGCCAAAGCCUUCCUGGAUGCGAAAGAAAGAAACCAUCCCAAGGAUGCUCCAGAAACAGUCUCUGAAGGUCAACAUAUGACAUAUUCUCACUUGGGUGGCUGGUUGAUUUCCAACCCAGAUACAAUGUGUGCAUCAGGAAGCUCUAAUUAUCAGUACACUGGACCUUUGCCUCUGCCAGCUCCGCAUGCUCCCCAUGGUUGUGAGCGAUAUUCAGCACUGCGAGGUCAUCGGGCUGCUCCAUACCCACCUUCCUACAUGCAAAGAAAUCAUUCACCUACAGUGAAUUUAUUGGAAAGCUCCAGCAAUAAUCUUCAGGUAUUCUCAGGACAUGACAGCUGGACUUUGCCAUCCUCUCCACAUGCUAAUUUGCUCUCAGUGCCACACACCAAGGGAGCUGCCAGCCCUGGGCCCAGCCACUACCCUUGUCUGUGGACAGUGAGCAACAGUGCUGUAAAUGUCACCAGUCCAGGAAGUGAGGUGAACAGCAGCACUUCAAGCAUGUUUCUGAGGGGUAAUGUCCCCUUACCUACUGCAUCUUCAUCAGUCCAAAUCCCUCUGCAGGGAAAUGUGUCUGGCAGCAUGGAAACACAAGGGGAAACCACACUAGCCAGGCUAGCCGACUCUGCGUGGACAUCCUCACACUCCUUUUAAUGGACAGGCAGCUCACAAGGAAAGCUCAGACCAACAAGAGUGACACAAAUGGCGAAGGAUCCCCUGGAAAUGCAGCUUAGAGCAGGGAUGUGUAUGCAGAAAACUUUCCACCAAGCAUCACUGCAUAAUGUACCUCUUGCGUGCCAGAGAAACCAAAAUGCAUAAUGCAAGGCAAGAAAUGUUAAAGGAACUGGCUUAUUACUGUAACCUUCCUGCAUCAUUGAGGAUGAGGUCCAGAAAGAAUCUUUAUAGUUGGCUUUGCUUCUUUAUCACAUCAAAACAAUCACAGACACAGGACUGAGUGAAGCAGACAUGGUGGUUAGAUAUCUGCAUGUGGUUUUGGAAGAGUACUUUCUGUAACUAAAGACCAAGUCCAAGGAAAUUUUGAGCAAGUUUGCAACUGGUAAUCUGAAGGGACAGCACUGCUUUAAAGACUUUCUGAAUUUGUCAUAUGAGGGUUUCUGUAAUACCUGAAACUAAGCUCUUCAUGGCAUGUGAUUUGUCUGACACCCUAAUGCCACCUGCAUACAGUAUUCUCUUUACCUUCUCCAGCUCCUGUGCUCUUUCUGUGCUGUAGGGAUAAUGGACACACUCAAGCUGAGAAAGUGGCUGCAUUGUAGCAGCAGGUGAAGGGCAUCUGGUUUAGCAUUUAUAGUCUGAUGUGAAAUGAAAAGUUCCAAUGUUUUCUGUAUGUACUGUUUUUGAGAGGGUGGAGGGAAAAGACUUAUAGAAAAGAUAUUCAGCUUGCAUUUCCACUUUGCUUCGGGUACAGAGUACAAAUAAAAUAUCAAUCAAUGGU